CCGUUAUUAUUUGUUCAGUAAUUUACUGCGCAAUUUAGUUAAAUGUCGUUUUAUUGUAUUCGUGUGAAUUAUUAGUUUUGUUGCAGUAAUGUGUUUUAAGUUUUUAACACAAUUUUUUGUUAAGAAAGCUUAGAAGAGAAAACAAGCCUUGCCAAAGUGAGCAGCUGUUUUUUAAAAAAAACUUCCAUUGUGAAUUGUUUUUAAUUCACCCCCUUAUUUGUGAUUUGUGUUAUUUAUUAAUUAUACUGCAUUCAAGAUGAUGGAAAUUGACGCUAAAGAUUUUAGACCUGCUGCUAAUAUAGAAGGAAAUCGGAAUUUCUAUGUCAGAGAUAACAAAGCCUAUACCGAAGACAAUGUUUUGGUACAAAACAUUUUUGUAUAUAAGAUUCCCAACAAGGUUACACAAGAGAGCAUCCGCAAUUACUUUCAUAAAUUUGGUCCUUUACUCUACGUUCGAGUGGUGCAAGAUAAAAAGCGAGCGCGUCGUGGUGUUCCCAAGGUGGCAUUUGUUAAUUAUGCCAAACCAGAACAUGCUUGCAAUGUGUUGCAGAAACCUCAUCAUUUUGUGAAUAAUUUACGUGUUUCUGUUAAAGCUAGCGAUAGCUGGAAUCAGCCCGAAGCAGACAAAGCAGGGAGCACAGUACAAAUGAACAACGAUAGUAUCAACAUUCCUCCUGGCUUUCAUAUGCUUUCAAUGAAUGAUGAUUGCUUGGAAAUGAUUUGUAAUUUGUUGAUGCUAAGUGAUCAAAUGCGAUUUGCGCGUGUAUGCCGACGAUUUCAAGAUAUUUUUGAAAAUAUUUGCAAACGUGAAUUUAAAACGCUUCAUCUGGAUAAUUUAUCUAGGUUGACAUUAUGGGAAAAACGUGACUUCCUUCGACUGGCUGGUAAAAAUAUUUUGUAUUUAAGAGGAAAUAUACCAUAUCAAAAAAAAGAUCGUGUACUCGAAUUUAUUUGUACAUCGUGUCCGAAUUUGCAGCGAAUCGCAUUUGACAAUACUAAAUUGCGUACGGGUGAUAUAAAAAAAUUCGUAAGCAGCUUUCCUCAAUUGCGUGAGUUCAGCUUAAGUGGUUGUGGUGUGAGUGAUGAAGCACUACGUCAGUUGAAAAACUGUAAGAAUUUAAGGUCGGUGAAUAUCCUUGGUAAUUACGAAAUAACAGGAAAAUAUAUAAAAGAAAUGUUGCAGAUAGAAGAAUUAAGUAUAAAUGGUUGUAAUAAUAUUAAUUUAAUUACUCUCCAAGAAAUCUGUAUUGCAUUAACCAAAUUAAGUUCACUCGAUAUAAGGCGUUAUCAACGGGUAAACUCACAAUUUGUCGCUGCUUUGUCCACUAAUUCCAAAAACCUCGAAGUUCUGAAGAUGUCAGCACCAGAUGUGUUUUAUGAACAAAUAUCAUUGUUGCCACAAUUAAAACAUCUCGAAUUGUUGUGCCGAAUACAAUCGCCUUUGAAUCAGGAUCAAUUAAUGUCAUCAUUAGUAACUCAUAAGAGAGAUCAAUUGGAGGUCUUAAAACUUUCUAAUGCAGCUUUAUCGGACCAGCAAAUCAAUUCAAUUUCUGAAUUGAAACAUUUAAGAACGCUCCAUAUAACCCGCUCCAACUUUAUCGAUGAUUCCGCGCUACUUAAAUUCUCUAAGUUGGAACAACUGGAAGAGUUGACCGUCAGAGGGUGUAACGUGACCGACAGUGGAGUAAUGACAAUGUUAAAAAAAUGCACGAAACUCCGAACUAUAAACGUUCAAUCCUGCAAACGAAUUACAGAAAAGCUCGUCAACGACGCUAUUGAAUUUCUCCAGAAAAAUAGGGAUCGUGAAUUACCAUUAAUUCUUUACGUUUAUAACACAUCUAUUCAAACAUAUACAUUGUCUGAGCUGGUUUUUGUGAGGACAAGAGAGACUGUUUGUCAAAUAGAAGAAGAUACACAGUUACUCUCGAUCAUAUUUCUUUCUUAAAAUAAACCUUAACACAUUAGGAAACAAAUUAGACGAAACACGAAUUGUGGAUUACGAAAUAUAACUACAUACGUACAUAUAUGUAUUUAAUCAAAUUUAAUUACUACGAAUCAGUCUCAGCCGUUUAAGGAAGCGGUGAAAACAUCACUUAUUGUGUUAGAUGAAUCAACAGUGGAUGUUUUUGAAGACAUUGAUUUAGAUGCGGACGAAGAU